AGAUACUUUCCAUAGGGGUCCUCGUUCGCCGACCGAUUCGUACUCAAUAAAAAAAAACAUAAAAAGACAAAAAGGAGAUUAUUAUUAUCUGAAUGAAAGUAAAUCAAAAGUAUUUAUUACCGUGCCAAAGUAACCUACAAACUUUAAAAGUAAAACAUAAAAAAUACUGACUAAAGGUCAAUUAACCCAAGCGCGCAGUCAAUAAUAUUCCAGUUAAGAGAACGAAAGCAAGCUGCCAAAGUGAAAAGAAUGAGAAAAAAGUUCGGAAAGUACUUAGAAACCCACAAGAAACACACGAAACAAGUUUAAAUUGCACUGGACUGGCAACAUCCGCUUCCGCUGAGUGCUUCAAUUUCAGUUUAAUGUUAACUCCAACCAAACCCAAAUUGACAAGAACAACCGAGACAAAAAUAAAGUGAACAUAAAACAAGAACCCAAAAAAAGUUUUUUGUAGCCCCCUUCGCCGCAUCCCCGACUGCACUUGAAGCAAAGGGAUACGGAGCCAACUCGAAGAUACGAAAGGGGAUAAACUGCAUAAAUCAACGCCACUGCCAAAGCCAAGAGCAACAAUAACUGGAAGCAAUUAAUUUUAUUCAAACAAGAGCAACAAUAAGGACGACGACAAAAAAUGGAUUACGGCUGGCUGAUGUUUCUGUUCAUCGCACUUUUAAUUGACUACCCAAUUGCAUAUGCCUUGUUUGUGACGGAUAUUAGUGUGCCCGAGAUUGUGGAUUUCCGGGACAAUGUGACCUUAUCCUGCAGCUACGAUAUGCGUGGUCACACGCUAAACUCGGUGAAGUGGUACAAGGAUCACGAGGAGUUCUUUAGAUACUCCCCCCUGACGAGUCCGAUUUAUAUGACUUUCGGAGUGCCUGGUCUACAAGUGCUGGAUGGGAAGUACCUAUGCAACGAAUCGAGUUGCAGACUGGACUUAAGUCUACAGGGUGCCAAAUCCACAGGACUCUAUAAGUGUGAAGUAAGCGGCGAUGCCCCACACUUUAAGCUGGCGGAUAAGGCGGACAACAUGACGGUGGCAGCUUUGCCCCAGAUCGAUCCGCUAAUCGAGAGCUUCAAUUCGAUGUACCGCAUGGAGGAGUUCCUCAGCGCCACCUGCUCCUCUGAUUAUUCCAGUCUGCCCACACGGCUCACCUGGUACAUCAAUGGCGAACAGCCCCUGCUGGGUGAGCUGCAUCCCACAACCGACACCAGCAUUGCGGCCCACGAUUAUGUUCUGCGGCGCCAGCGGCUGCAGGUGCACUUCUACCUGCAAGGACAGCGCUUUUUCCAGGCCGGGAAAAUCCUGGAGCUCAAAUGCGUAGCGGAAAUUGAGAACUAUCCGGAGCUGAGGCGCGAGAAGACACUCAGUGCGUCGCUAUCGCAGUUCGACAAUUUCAACAAUCAAAUGCCGCUGAGACAUGCGAAUGCAAACUCUGGCGCGGCACAAAGGAGCAGUCUCUGCGGCAGGACAUCACUAAUUUCCGCCAUCCUGGCGGCAAUUCUAUUAACUCACUGUUUGCGAUGCCCUUCAUGAACACUGACAUCUUUCGCAGAAUCUGAAUCGGAGGAGCACUAAAAUUCCCGGGUUCGGAAUGGAAAACGCCUCGUGUGGCAACUUUGUCAACUAUAUCAUCACGUUAGUUAGUCAGUCAGUUAAUCACCUAGUUAGUUAGUUAGGGUAACAGACAAAGGUAAGACCGCGAACUAGUGGAUAGGGAAAUCUUUUGGGUUGAUGAUUGUAAAUAAAAUCUAGGGAGUAAGGAAAGUAUGUUGGAGGUUAGAAAUGCUCAAGGAACAAGAAAACAAAAAGUUUUCUUGCUGUUUUCAAAUUUUUAAAAUAGUUUUAAUUACCUUUUUUGUAUAAAUACAAUUUAUAUGAAAAGUUUUUGUUAAUUUAAGAUACUUUUACCAUUUUGCUUUUGAUACAAAAAUUAUAACACAGGUUUAGAUAAUGUUUAAUUAGUAUUCAUUAUCAGUUGGGUAUUUAAAUCAUAUAUUUGAUAAGUAAAAGUUGAUAUCUUUUGUAUGCAAUCAAUUAAAGAAAUUAGCAAAAUCAGAUAUUGUUUGUAUUGAAACUUAAUCAUUUUUGUGUGACAAAGUCACUGUUUCUUUUAAAAUUCACCAUGUUAACACAAUGUUUGGUGCGAAUAACACAAUUUUCUUUUCAGUGAAAGUCAUGUUAUCCUUGUAAAUGAAUAUUUUCAUGUCGGUUAGUUCAACAAGCAUAGUGGAUAUAAAAAACUUGAAAUUAAAACAAACAAAAACUGCCAGAAAAAAUUGAUUUACCUGCCUGACACUGAUACUAGCCAAAAUAAGUCACUCUCCAGCAAACCAAACGAAUUUCCAAUAUAUGUAUAUAAGCGUAAUUUUUUCGAUUGUUCUUCGGCAAUUGAUUUUCAUUCGUAGUGCACAUGGACAUUUUUUCGAGCAAAUAUAUCCACGCACACCCCAUGCCAAGGGUUUUGGGUAAAGUAUAAAAAAUAACACAUAUGAAACACCAUAAAAAAUAAGUGAACACAUAAAAAGAGAAUUAAUGGAAUAAAAUGCGAUUUUAUCAGUGGAGAACGAGAAUGCAGAUGCUGUAAAAAUCAUUAUAAUUAAGUCUAGCAUAAAUAUGUUGUAAAUACAAUUUUAAACAUUCAAAACAGAGGACAAACAACUAUAAAUCAUGUCACUAAGCCAGACUCAACCAUAUACGUAUGUAUAUAAAGCUACUCGCUAUAUUUCUCAGCAUGUAUUUGCCAAGGCCGACAUAAAAAGAAGCAAAAUGCUAAAUCACAUAGAUAAUAAAACAUAACAAAACGCAAUACAAAUUUCAUUUGGCUGAGCAACUACAAAUAGACAUUAUCCGCCGGGUCAAAGCCCUCUAAAAAGAUCUGGCCACAGACGGCCAACUAAAAACUAUAUAAAACAUAUUGUACCGUGUCAGAGUAAUAAAACGUUGCCUGGACAUUUCCGAAAUCACUUUUUGUUCAGAAGUAUAUCCAAUUAAAGUGAAACCCAGCGUGUGUGAUGAGAAAACAUGCAAACCAUAAAAUAUAAAUGUAUAAAUUAAUUUACCUACUCAUUCGCACAUCUUUCGGUUGUAAAGAAUAAAAAACACACACGAUAAAAUAAAAAUAAACGAGAGCAAAUAACGAUAAUGUAUAUAAAAGCAUUUACUUUAGUUUUUCAUUUCGGCGAAUGGCCAUUAAAUUGUGUAAAAUAUUUCAACAGGCGAACUGCA